GGAUGAAAAAAGUUAACAUUAGCCUGCUCUAUAAAAGCUGGAUGACUCUAGAAAGAGUGCAAAUCUCUGACAGACAACAGUCUGACAGAAUAAUGGCAGGAAUGAAGACAACUUUAGUUUGCCUCCUUCUCAUCUGUCUCCUUCAGGAUUCUUUGAGUAGACAUGGUAGCCAUGCUUUGAGACCUCGCAUCCAAAGAGAAUUAAAGGGGUCUAAAACUCGUGUAACGGAUAUACAAACAGUCCUCACAGAGUACAAUAUCUCCCUACCAGAUGGAUUCAUCGAUUAUGAAGUAGAUUGCACUGUUGUGAACAGAUGUUCUGGUCUGGAGGAGCAACUGGAUGAAACAAAAAGAAAAUUGCAGCAGAAAACCAGGCACGCCAUUCAACUGGAACAAGACGCGUAUAAUCUUCAAGCCACAGUGAGAAAGUUAAAAGUACAAUCUGGGACAUGCACCGUGAACAUAUCUGGUCAAAUUGAAAACUUGCAAUCUGAGUUGGAGGUUAAGAUGAGACAAUUGGAACAGAUAUCACAUGACAAAGGGAUUAUGGUUCUUAGGAUCACAUUGCUUACCAGUGCAGUGAAAGAACUACAGAAAAAGAUUUCCUUAACCUCAACUCCAACCAAGAACACUGAACUACAAAGUGACCUGGAGGAAAUAAAAAGACAACUGAAGUUUAAAACACAAGAACUGGAAAAGAAUAGUCAGAACUCUAAACUUGUUCUUGAGAUCAUUGAUCUGCAAACUGAAAUCUGGGAGCUGCAGAAAACAAAUCGCACUCAAGAGACUUUAAACAAAAUCUCUGUUCUACAGAGACAACUGGACCGCAGGAUCAAUGAACUAGAAAGCAACCCCAUGGGCAGUGACAACACAGAAAUUGUGAUGAUGAUUAUGACAUUGGAAAGUGAGGUUGCAGAGCUACAGAAAAGGAUUGUGGAGGUCAAUGAGAAAUCCAAAACUGAGAUGACUAACUUAAAAAAGCAGCUGGAAGAUUUGAUCCAGCAACUUAAAGACAAGAUAUUAGAAUUGCCUGAGGACAAUACUAACAUGGAGCUAACUGAGGAGAUUUUGAAGCUGCAAAAUACAAUAAGUAACCUUUCAAGGCAAAUAUCAAACCUCGAAAAGAUGACCAAUGACCAACAUGCAGAGCUUCAGAAACAAUUGAACAUGAAGGCAAAGCAACUACAGUCCUGGAAGGAAAAAGUGAAAGGGGAAGAGGAUGCUUACACACAGCUGAUCGUUCAGAUCAUUUAUAUUAUGAAGGAGCAGAGAGACUUCCAGGUACAAAGAAAAGACGAGCACCAGAAAACAAGAAACCAGAUCAAUGACCUUAUAAAACAAAUUGAAAGCAAAAAGGAAGAUAUUGUCCAACUUCAGGCUGAAAAUCAAGCCCUCCGGGAGCAGCUGAUGGAGAAUAACGCAACGUGUGCCAGUUUCAAAAUCAAAUUUGACAAGGUAAAGGAGGAAGUAGAGGACAAAAUAAACUUGCUGAACAAUCAACGCUCAGGAAUCUCCAAACUGAUUCUAACUAUUGUGGCUUUGAAUGAUGAAGUAAAGUGGCUGAGGACUCAAAUAAUGUCCCCAGAGGCUUCUGACAGGAUUGAUGAGCUGCAAAAGCAACUGGAGCAAAAAAACAGAGAACUAAAAAUGAAGAGCAAAGAACUGCAGGAUAUAAGUUCCAACGGACAAAAUAUUCUGAGAAUGAUUCAGGUGCAGAAUCUGAUUUGGGAAUUCCAAAAAGGACCAGAAACACAAGACAACACUGACCAGAUUGCAGUGUUACAGAAAGAGCUUGGUGAACUGAUUGCUGAAAUGGAGGAAAAGAAAAAUGAUGACUCAAAAAUUGUUCUUAUGAUAAUGUCAUUAAAGAGUGAGAUUGUCCAUCUCCAGAAAAGACUGUCAACUCACAGUCAAACCACAGCUCAAAUAGUUGAGUUGGAGAAACAAUUGGAAUUCAAGAAAAAACUGUUGGCCAAGCUGGUUGAGCAAAUUGGAAAAGACGAUCAAAAGAGUCCAGAAUUUUCAAAACAUAGGAAUCAAAUUACUGAAAUAGAAAACAGCUUAGAAAAGCUAAAAGAUGCUACUCCUGACAUUGAUAUUCCUGAAAUAACAACACAGCUUAAAGAAAGGGAGAAACAACUGGAAGAUAAACUUCAGGAACUGAAGGAGAUGGGCGGGAACAAUUAUUAUCUGAUUGUGGAAAUUCUAAAUCUACAAAAGAAACUCAGAGACAUUCGAUAUGCUGCCUCUCAGCGACUGAACGCAUCUGCUGCUACCGUUACUGAGCUUCAACAAACACUAGAAGCUGAAAAGGAAAAGACCACCAGAUGUCUGGCCCAGAACAAAGAUCUGGAGAAGAGGAUGAGUGAUAAGCACGCAUAUUGCUCUGAACUUCAGAAAAGAUAUGACAAUCUCCAGGGUAAGCUUAAAACUACAUUAAAUGGAAUGGAGAAAACAGCAGGAUACAGCAACAAACUCAUUCUUGAGGUGUGGUCUUUGACUAAUGAAGUAGGAGAUCUAAAGAUGAGGACAGCAUCUUCUGCAGAAGAGGCCAAUGAGAUUCAAGAAUUACUGAAGGCAAAAACCGAAGAACUAACAACUAAAACUGAGCAACUGAAGAAAAAUGCUCCACAACCAAACAAUAUCCUAAGGAUCAUUGAAAUAUAUAAGGAGAUCUUCAACCUGCAGAAAGGAGUUACAAAUGAGAAUACAUUUAACCAGAUUGAUGGACUUCAAACAGAGCUAGAUACAUUGAUUGGCAUGGUCCAGGACAAGGAAAAUACCAACAGUAAACUGAUUCUGCAGAUCAUUGCACUUCAAAAUCAAGUAACAAGAUUACAGAGGCAAAGAUUUGAGUUCAAUCAGACAUCUGUGGCCAAGAUAACUGAUCUAGAGAAUCAACUGGAGAAGACCAGACAGCAGCUGAAUGAAAAGACACAAGCGCUGAAAUCAACUGUCAAUAUAAUUCCACAACUCAAUUCGGUCAUUAUGGAUCUUCGUAACAAAUUGACAAACUUACAAAUAACAUUAUCAGAUUUCAAACAGAAGAGUACUGACAGGAUUGAAGAGCUACAGAAUCUCAUGGAGCAGAAGUCCAAGAAGCUUGAAGACAAAACUACAGAACUGAGGCUUGUGAAUGACAAAAAUGCAGAACAGAUUUUGACAAUCAUUGAAGUCCAACAACAAAUGAAAGAGUUACGUACAGAAGAAUCACAAGCAAAGGAUAAAGCUGAAGCAGAUAUCGCUGGUCUCAAGGAACAACUAAUGGCUAAAAAGGAAGAGAGUGCUAGAUGUCUGGUCCAGAACAAACUUCUGAAGAAUGAACUUGCCGAUAAAGAGGGAAAUUGCUCAGUAAUUAAGGAAAGAUUAACUAAUCUCCAGACAGAGCAAGCUGCUUUACUUAAUAAAACUGGUGAAAAAGACAAACUCUUACUUCAAGUGUGGAGCCUGAAAAACGAGGUAUUGGAUCUAAAUAACAAAAUUGAAUCUUCUGCAGACGACACCAGUAACCUUCAGGUUGCACUAGCUGAGAAGAUCAAACUAUUAAAAAUGAAAACAGAAGAACUGGAGAAGAAUGUCCCUGAACCAAAGAAAAUUUUAAAGAUCAUUGCAAUACAGGAUAUUAUCUACAAGCUGGAGAAAGGAGUUACCAAUGAGACUACCUUUAACCGGAUUGCUGAGCUUGAGAAAGAAUUGGAAGAAUUGGUUGCCACGGUGCAGGACAAGAACAAUGGGAACUGUAAAACUAUUUUGCAGAUUAUUGCACUCCAAAAUCAAGUAGCAAGAUUGCAGAAGCAAACAUUAAAGUUCAAUCAGACAUUUGAGGCAAAGAUUGCAGAGCUGGAGAAUCAACUGGAGCAGACACGAGACCAGCUAAAUGAAAAGAAAAGGCAGCUGAAAAAAACUGCCAUUGCAAUUUCAAAACUAUCUGCAGAAAUCAUUACCCUUCGUGACAACCUAAAUAACUUAGAAAAAGAAUUAUCAGAGCUCAAGGAGGCAAAUAAGGCCAGGAUUGAAGAGCUAGAAGGUUUACUGGAGCAGAAGCAUAAAGAGCUUGAAGACAAAACUACAGAACUGAAGGUUGCAGAUGCCAAAAAUGCAGAAAAUGUUCUGAAGGUUGUUGAACUCCAGGAAGAAAUGAAACAGAUUCGUGAAGAAGGAUCAAAUGCAUCUGAAAAAAAAAUAUUUGAGCUGAAUACAAAGCUUACAGCAAAGACAAAGGAGAAUUUAAGACUGGAAUCCAAAAAUAAAGAACUGGAGAAAAUUGUGAAGGAAACAAAAACUGUUUGUGAUGACAUCCAGUCCAGCUGCAAAGAGGGAACGCAAGAAAACAAUAAAAUCAAAGAGGAACGGAACAAACUGCAGCAGCAAUUGCAACAGAUGGAAGACCAAUCAAAUGACCUGAAGCUGACUCUCAGAGGAACCAAGGAGGAAAAUGCCCGUUUGCAAAAGGAAAAGGCAAACCUACAGGAGACUGUGACAGAUCUGCAACAAGAAAUUGAAAAUAUCAAAGCGGGUCCAACAGCUGCUCCAAUUCCAACAGUAAAUCCUGAUACAAUUCUCCAUAGAGUCAAAGUGGGGUUAGACCCCAACACAGCCCACCCGAAAGUCACCCUUUCCGAUGAUGGCACAGAAAUGUUGGUGUCACAAACACGACGGAAUGUUGACAGAUCUCCAGAGCGAUAUGACUUGGCUAUUGCUGCUCUUGGAAAGAUUGGGUACGACAAAGGAAGAACGUACUGGGAGGUGGAUGUACUUGGGCAGACCUGUUACAACAUCGGAGUAGCUAGUGCUUCUGCUAACAGAAACGGCCUAUUAAGACUAAGACCAGCAAGUGGCUAUUGGACUCUGAUGUUGUCUAGGACAGGUGCGUUGCAGGCCUAUAUAGGAAAACCAUUUAACCUUCAGCUCUCAGUCCUCCCCCAGAAAUUGGGAAUACUAUUAGACUACCCUGCAGGAGAGAUCUCUUUCUACAAUGCUGGCACCAGGUCUCUCCUCUACACAUUCACAGGCAAUACAUUCACAGAAAAACUAUAUCCAUUUGUCAGUGCCUGUGUGGAUAUGCAAAAGAAGGAUGUUCCAAUUGUCUUUAAUUCUGUGGGCUCAGUGUCAUGGUUACAGUAGAGAUACAGCAUUUGACAUGAUAUUCAUAUCAGUAUAAAAUCACAUUGCUUUUCAUUUUCAUAAAAGAAUAAUCUUUCAAACUGUAGUUUUUUUCUGUGGUAUCAC